UGCAUGACAAACCCUUUUGGCGGCAGCACACGGACAACAGACAGUACUCUAGCUCACGCCGACCGCGAAUACAGUAGACUUCUAUUCAUCACCGCCGUCAACCCAUCGCCAUGCCGCCUAAGGAGUCUGAAGCUGCCGCAUACGCCACUACCUCCGAGACCGAUUUCUACGAGAUCCUCGGUGUCAAUCAAGAUGUCGUUUCGGAUACCUCGCUCCGGAAAGCUUUCCGCAAGCAGUCGAUCAAAUGGCAUCCCGACAAGAACCCCAGCCCCGAGGCUGCCGACAAGUUUCACCUGUUGACCGUUGCAUACGAUGUUAUCUCAGAUCCGGCCACGAGGGCUGCCUACGACAAUGCGCGAACCGCUCGGUUGGCAAAGAAACGCCGCAGCGAAGCGUUUGACAUGCAUCGCAGGAAGAUGCAGGAGGAUCUGGAGGGCAGGGAAGGCAAGGCGAAGAGGUUCAAGACGGACGCGGACAAUGAGGAGGAAAAGUUUAAAGCACAGCUGGCGAAGCUACAAGAGGAGGGAGCAUUAUUGAGGCACAAACGGGAGGAGGCGCUGCGGACCGCCGCGAAGGAGGCGGAAGAGCAACAGCAGGAUGUUUCCAAGAAUAGGGACAUCAAGUCUGCGGCCAGUCGAUUCUCCGAGCUGGACAGAACAGUCUCAGCUAAGUGGCGCCGAAAGAAGGAGGGGCUAAGUGUGGAUGAAGCAUCUCUACGGGGCCUUUUCGGGCGGUUUGGAAAGAUACAAGACUGUAUCGUCAGGGGCGACAAGGCAAAGGAAAAGAAGUACCAGAGUGGCUUGAUUGUUUUCGAGUCGAUAGUGGGGGCGCACUCAGCUGUUCAUGGCUUUGCCGAUAACACUGAUGACGCUUUCAAGCUUUUCAAGUCCAUAACCUGGGCUGGCAAGGAGCCCGAGCUUUCCGGAGUUAUUCCUGAAGAAGUGCCGGUUUCAAAUACAACUCCACCAACAGAGAUUCGAACUCCUGGCGAGGAGGCACAGGCGACUUCAACCUCAAGGACAGCCACUUGGAACCCCAUGCAAGCGGCCCCUAAGGGAGGAGACGGGGUGAAAGGGGUCCCUUCAUUCGCGUCGUUCUCGGCGGCCUCCAACCGUUCGGCGUUUUCAAAGACUGAAGCCGCCCAAAGCCCUGACUACGAGAACAUCACUAUGAUGAGAUUAAGGGAAGCCGAGAAGCGGAGAUUAGAGGCAGAUAUGCGAAAGAAGGAGGAGAGUGAGGCAUCAUGAGUUGGAUUCUGAAAGUUAGAUAAACUGUAUACUAGUAGAAGUAAUGUGUUUAAAGAUGU